AGUAUGAACCUACCUUCACAUACACAUUCCCAACCCUGAAAGGCGGCUUCUGGUUAUACAACGUGCUCAACGUGUUGUAAAAAUUAACUUCCUGUUUUAAGAGCUAUAUUACCUCGUGACAAAAUGGCUUCCGCUGGUGUUGCUGCUGCUAAGAGAUUAAUUCCUCUUUUCGAUAGAGUUCUAAUUCAAAAAUCAGAAGCAAUCACUCAAACAAAGGGCGGAAUUGUACUUCCCGAGAAAGCACAAGCCAAAGUGCUGAAGGGACGAGUAGUCGCUGUGGGUCCAGGUUCCCGAAACGAAAAAGGAGACCACGUUCCAUUGAGCAUUCAAGUUGGAGACACAGUUUUACUCCCAGAAUAUGGAGGCACCAAAGUCACACUCGAAGAAGGCAAGGAAUUUCAUCUUUUCCGUGAAUUGGAUAUUUUGGCAAAAUUAGAAUCUUAAUUGCAAUUAAUUUCUGUUUAUAUUAAAUUUAAAAAAAAGACUUUUGUGAAAAGAACAAAUUUUAGAGUCCAGAUAUGAUUUUUCUUUUGUAAGCGUUAUUUUUAAUUUCAUAUAUAAAAAAAAUUAAAUCGACAUGCAUGAAUUCCUCUGUAAAUCGAGAAUCUGUCAAAUAUUAAGUUUUUACCAAUAAAAUAACCAAAGUUUAUGCAUUUAAAA